GGGUCCGGCUCCCUCCGCGGAGCUCGGGCCGGACGCGUUCCGGCAGCCCCUGCGGUGCCCGUCUUGCAGCGCCUCUAAAACCCAGCCGUUCGGAGUGAUGGAGCAAAGUUGCUUCGUGACUUUUUGGUCCCUAUGCAUGCAAGACGGGGAGGAGAACGAGGGAUGCCCUCCGUCCUCUUAGAUCGGGGUCUGGGACUUCUUAGAUCGGCGUCUGGGACUUCUUAGAUCGGGGUCUGGGACUUCAGUGGUUCCCCGCGUUCGCUGACAGCCUUGGGGAUGUGCGCAUCCUCACGCCCAUUUACAGUUAUUAGGUUGCUGUCACUGGGACUCUAAGACAAAAGUAUUUUUUUAAGUGUGAAACCCUUGAGGAGAUCUGUAUCUUAACUUCUUGAAAAAUCUGUUGCCUGCAGUCGACUGAAAUUGUAAAAUCAGACAAGAUGAGACAAGUGGCUGCCCACGGCUACAAAAUCAGCGGGGUUGCCCGCCAAUCGGCAAGAAUUUUUCUCACAAGAUUUUCUUUCAUUUGGAUAAACUGCAACGUUAGUGUGAAUGGUAUCAAAAAUACAUUUAAGGUUGCCAAUUCGCAAAGUGAAUUCACAGGACUACGUUUGGGUUUGCUGACUCUGUGCUCUUUUUUUCUUUCCCGUUUUUGUAGAUUUCCCUCCUCACUAUGUGUUGGACUUGGCCAGAUGGUGGCCACGGUGGCAGUUCUGUCGGUGGGAAAGGCGCUCAGAGUAGUCAAGUUUCCUGACUUUGACAGAAAUGUACCUCAAAAGACGUUUCCACUACCUCUACUAUAUUUUGGGAACCAAAUCACGGGACUGUUCAGCACAAAGAAACUGAACUUGCCAAUGUUUACAGUUCUGAGAAGGUUCUCUAUCCUGUUUACAAUGUUUGCUGAAGGAGUUUUACUCAACUCCGACUUGGCAUUUGAUCUGGAAGGAUAUGUUUUUAUCCUGAUAAAUGAUGUCUUGACAGCAGCAAAUGGUGCAUACGUAAAACAAAAAUUAGAUUCAAAAGAGCUGGGAAAAUAUGGUCUGCUCUAUUACAAUGCACUGUUCAUGAUUCUGCCCACACUGGCCAUUGCAUAUUUCACAGGAGAUGCACAAAAGGCAAUGGAUUUUGAAGGCUGGGCCGACACUCUUUUUCUUCUGCAGUUUACCCUCUCCUGUGUGAUGGGGUUUAUCUUGAUGUACGCCACAGUACUUUGCACUCAGUAUAAUUCUGCUCUUACAACUACAAUAGUUGGGUGCAUUAAGAAUAUAUUAAUAACUUAUAUUGGAAUGGUUUUUGGUGGAGAUUAUAUUUUCACAUGGACAAACUUUAUUGGUUUAAAUAUCAGCAUUGCUGGGAGCCUGGUAUAUUCCUACAUCACUUUUUCUGAAGAGCAGCUGAGCAAACAGUCAGAGGCCAGUAACAAGCUGGACACUAAGGGAAAAGGAGCAGUAUGACCAGAGGGUUGCGCUUAAACUUAAGGAGGCCCAAGUUUUUGAUCAACUCGGAACACUGGCAAUUCUUACGCAGAUAUUGAGGUGUCUUGAUUAUGGAGAAAAUACCAUUCUUUUGCACUUGUACAAUCUGAGGAUUGAUUGCUGCCUUUUAAAAUUUUAUGAUGAGAGAAACUUAUAAUUGACUCUAUUUUAAAUAUGCUGUUUGAAUUAAUUUAUAUCAGGCUGGAAAAUAUACUGGGCUUUUUAAUUUAUUUUUUCUUCUAUGCUGACACUGAAUCAUCAGUGUUUUGAAUAUAUUUUAUUCCAUAGUUUGAUAUCCAGGUGUCCCUGAGAGGUGCAUGUAUAAAGUGUUCCAACAGAGCCUCAUCACUCAAAUCAUUGCUGCAAUCUUCUGGAGGCAGUUUAACCUUCCUUCUGCUGGAAGUGCAGCUGAUUAUCUGAAAUUUCUCUUCUUUGAAUUUUAUUUCUUACGAUUGCAUCGUCUUCAUGAGGGUGUCAUCAUUUCAUUUGCGUAAGAUGACAACUUUGGCACUAAAAAAUACAUAUAUGGGGCUUUGAAGUGCAUUGGUUUCCAUGUGAGCUUCCCUGAGGACUCAUGAGAUGAACCGAGUACAUUCCUUGAAAACACAUUGUUCCCUCUUUGUUGUGUAGGAUGAGAAUAGUGAAGGAAGGGAGGAAAUAGGCCUUUUGUUAAUUUAUUCAUCCAUCUGAAUCAUUUAUUCAUCUAAAAUGUGUUGAGUAUGUAAUAUUUGCCAGGCAUUUGUGCUAAGUGCUGGGAAUACAGAGAUGAUUUUGGAGGUGGUUGAAACAUCUCACUCCUGCUGUAGUGACUGAGGAUAAAAUGGAGAACGUAGCUCUGUCAGUCAGUUCAGAAGACGUGAAUAUGAGCAAGCUGCUUCAGCUCUCAGAAAUACAAAUCUGUAACUGAGGUUAGAAGCCCCUGCCCGCCCUGCCUACUCCACAGCAGUUUGAGUCCAAAUACAACAAUCUGAGAUCAAAUGCAUGUUUAGAGCUGCAUUUUGGAAACUAAAUCAGCUCAGCAUUGAUCCCUUUUUCCUCUGAAAAAGAAUGGCAAUCAGGCAAGGUGACCACCUUUAUUUCCUCAUGCCUGUCUCCUCUGGGUUGCUACUUUUUUUUAUUUCUCUUUAGAGCAAUAUGGCUAGUGCCCACAUUUCUGAAUUUAUUGGUUUGAGGGGAAAGCCUGGCUAGAAGUUUCUGGAUUGGGAGGCUUGGACUUUAUCUGGCACUGUCAGUGUUAGAGCCAUUAUCUUUCUCCUCAUACGGCACUAGUGUACCUUGUCUCUUGGACAUUCUCAUUGGCCCCACCCGCUUCCAUCCCAUGCCCCGUGGCUCACUUAGUGAACAUGUUAGCUUCUCAUAAGACCAGUGCUGCCUCCUGGGAGAGCAGCAGUGAACGGACAUUGCCUGAAUUGCCUCUUGUAUGGGACAAUUCAGACACAGUUCUGGGCCUCGUCUCAGGUAUCUGUUGACUUUGGGGUUGAGUGUGUUUGCUCAGGCCAGUUGUGCAAUCAGUGCACAAGAGAUUGGGUCCCUUUGCACUGGUGCACACACUAGCUUCUGUUUCAUUGGGUUUGGAAUCCGCUGGGCUCUGUUGACCUAAACAUUUGGUAUUUUGGUGUCUCAAGGAAGGUUUUUUUUUUUUUUCCUUAUUUCAUGAAGAAUUAUAUUGAGGUCAUUUUCAUAGUCAUGUCUCUCCUCAAUUUUGUUUUGUGUUUAUUAAAGCCUGGCCAGUGGUGCUGUGUUCCCACAGUUUGUCCCAUGACCAACUCCCAUUGGAACAAGUUCCAUAUAAGAGGUCCUGGGCGCAUUUUUUUCCAGCAUCAUCUGACCUGAGAAAAUUCCAGUGGAAGAAUAGGAUAUUAUCUUGUGUCAGAUGGGUACUGUCCCUAUUUUACCAGUGAGAAGAGAGUCAAAGAAAGUAGGGGACUUGCCAGUAAGUAAAAAAUCCAUGUUCUUUGCAUUGAACCAUGGUGCCAUUUGAUUAACUUAUCUGAGGGAGUGAAGGAAUGGGAAUGCUAGCUGAAUUAGCUUGAGCUGUUUCAAAGAGGCAAGUGGUUGAUUGAAUUUGGAGUCAGAGAAGAAUAAGCUUUGCAGACCUAGCAUGGAGAAGCAGAGGUCACUGUGUGUCCUGGAGCCUUCAUCCACUUUCUGGGCUGGCCUCAGUUGAUAUGCAUUUCUGUGAAUGUUACCUGCUGGUGCCUGGUUUUGUCUGGGUGUAAUGGAAAAGUACAAGUUAUAGUGAGAACUAAUUUUAGUGGUUCUGUUCCUUCUUCUGUUAGCCACAUGAAGGAGGAAACUUUGACGUUAGAUAUUUGUGUUGUGGAAUUCCUUGUUAUGCUAGGCCUUUGGAUGUAUUUAGAGGUAAUGGGCUAGCGCUGCACCAGGGAUUGAAGUGCUUCUUGGGAGUCAGGUUCCCUUGGAGGUCUGUCACAUCUCUAGGUUUAUUUGAGAAAAUUACAUAUAGUUAUAACUUCACUAAAUGUAUAUGACAGGCUUCUGUACCUCAAGGGCCCUGGCCUGUACUGAACCUUCUGGGUAGACAGAAGCAGUCCAGUGACUGAGAACUCCCGGCCUGUCUGUGUCCUGAUUCCUGGGAGUUCCCCUCAGUGCAGCCUCCUGUCUUGAAGCGUAGGAGAGAGCAGCCUGGGGAAGCUGAGAUGGAGUGGACUGGGCAACCAUUUUUGGAGUACAGUCAGUUCCUGAAUAACAAGACGUCUGACUUACGGACAACUCGUAUUUACGGACAACUCGUACUUCAGAACAGACUGCCAUAAAGGCUAUUAUAUUAAAAAUUUGAGUUAAAUAUGAUAGUUCUUAAUAACGAAUGCACACACUACUUUGUUACACUCAUGAAAACUGCACGGUUUGAAAGUGUUUAAGUGUUUUAUGUGCAUAGAAAGGUAGAAUAUACACUGUAUACUAAGACAAACAUUUGACACUAAAUAAGAACCCGUAUAUACCUGUUUAGACUUACCUACAAAUUCAACUAACAGACAGACUUAGGAACAGAGAGCGUUCAUAACCUGGGCACUGCCUGUAUGUGUUUUCAGUUAUGUGCAGGCCUAAGGGUAGUGUACCAGAGAUUGUACCUGUACCCUAGAAGCUCCCAGAAUGUCUGGAUUUUGCCCAAGGUUGAUAUCUUGGAAAGGAAAAAUUCUUUGGCCUGUUAACUACCUCCUAGCAGUAUAGAGUUAAGUCUUGAAUUUGCCCGUUGAGACAGAGGAGCUGUGCUGAGAAUCCUCAAAGUCAAGUUCCAUGACUAGUGGUUCCUCUUCCUUGAGUUAAUGAAAGCGAAGAUCCUCUUUGGCCAGUCUUUGUCAGUGCUGGAUUGAUUCACAUAACCCCAGCUGACCCAACUGCUCGUGGCCAAUAUGUCAGGUGAGUUUUGAUUGCCUCAUGUGGCUCUUGCCUCCUUUAGUAGUCAGUCAUUUGUAGGAUCCAGCUUGCACGUAGAUUAGAAAAAAGUGUAAGUUUACUGUAGUUUUACUGCGUCAAGAAUCCAUGGAAGGCUUUGGUCGGUAAAACUGGUGUAGGAUUUUCAUGGAAAGUGUAGUAAAGCUUUGAUUGGUUGGGAAUAGUACCAAAGACUUUGGGCCUGCCUUCACUUUAGUUAUUAUGGCCUCAGUGAGCAAAGCUCAGCUCCGGGAAAACUGAGAUGAAUGUGAAAUGGUUCUUGCCCUAAGGAAAGUAGAUUUCUUUAGCCUUAGGUGGUGGCCUGAACCCUAGUUGAGAGAAAGGAAGCAGGUGCCUGCGCAGUUAUCAGCAUCAUUGCUUCUAGAGGUGCCUCACCUACAUGGCGAUAGCAUUUUUUUAACCCCAGGGAACUCUUGUAACCCAUACUGGUCUUCUAGCUCUGAGAUAAGUGACAUGGCCCUUAGUUCUGUGAGCAGCCUGGGUUCCUUCUCCGUCGACUGCACAUAUUCUUGCUUCCCCGUAACCAUGUGAUACUGGUUCCUCCUUAUGGACAAGGCCGUAACUGAUAUUUUAUUCCCUGAGGGAAAAUAAUCAUAUUUAGAAGAAACAAUGGAUGUAAAACUACUCAGCACAGUGCCAGGCACUCGGCACUGUAGUAUCUGGUAUUAUUUCAUGGUGACACUGUAGGCAAAACAAGAUUCUUAAUUUCUGCUUUUUAAAUGCUAGAGGGCAUCGUGUGUUUGUUGAAAAAACGUGACCCCGGACUUCAUUGCCUCUAGAACGCUUAGAUAAUGGUUCCUGUUCACUGUCUUUUUUUUUUUUUUUUUUCAAUACCUACUGGAUAUAGUUGUGGUCAUUGUGUGAUGCAGCUGAUUCCACCUGUUUUUAAAAAGGAACAAAAUUACUUUCAUACUGUGAUGGUAAAUUUUAUAAAAGGAAAAUUAUACCUUAGAGGAAGAUAAUUAUACUUCAAAAUGGUAAUUCAGUUCAGGCUUCCCCAGUUUGUCACCUUAAGAUCGCUCCUGUACGUGCUGGGCAUCCCUUCUUCCUCUCCUGGUUAAAUGCACUUGACUACACACUGCCUCUGCUUCGAGGUCUGUCUCACUUGUCAGUAUAUGUGGAUCUCUUGCACCAUCACUGUUUCUCUAAACCCACCUAAUGAGUUCUUACUGUUAGGACCCACUUCAUCAUAAUAUAAGGAGAUACUCUCAGUGUUUUGUUUUCUUUUUUUAAGCUUUUUUAUUUUAUACUUUUUAAAAAGAAAGCUGAUUAGAUUUG